GCAGCACUCAUGGGGCCUGAUUGAACUUAGAGCAAGUUUCCGGUAAGGACGUAGCGUGCUUCCAUCCAAGAUGGCGCGAGAGGUGGCUGGAGCAGAGCAAGAGAUUGGUAUAUAACCAGCCUGUUCACUGCACUCAAGCACUUUUUUUCCAAAUCCGAAAGUACACAAAGGAUCGUCCGACCACAAACACAUUACAUCAUCCAUCAAAAACACCAUGUCUGACUACAAACCAACCGAGCAUGAUGGCCUUCGAAAGGACGGUCAACCAGAUGGUCGUGUGAAUACUGGCGAGUUCGCUGGCGGCAAGGUCGACCCGGUCGAGGCGGGGAAGAAGGGCGGUCAUUCCAGUGGCGGCGACUCAAGCGACUCUGGUAGCUCCGGUGGCAGUGGUGGUAAGGGUCAAUUCGCUGGUGGUAAAGUCGACCCGUCCGAGGCUGGGAAGAAAGGGGGGAAGUCUUGAGCAAUGCCUACCCACAAGCUAUCCAUAACUGUGUAGACAAUGCACUCGAAAGUGUUUCAACUGAGGAUUCUAUUUCAGUUGACGACACCGUAUCAAGUGUCGUUGCAGUAGGUUCGCCGAACAUGCUAAGAGACCAAUCUUUUUCAUCGCUACUCGAGGGUAAGAUACAGGAGACCGGAUCUGGAAAUCCGAGGGAAAUGCUACUCGGGCAGGGUUCAUUCGAAAGUUGUG